AAUAGCUCAGGUACUGUAACACAGAGUGUAAAUCUGUGCGUGCCAGGUAGUUCACGGCAAACUUUCUUUUCGAGCAGAGUUAAACACGUCCAGCAGAAUCCGAUUCAAGCCUAGGAAACGAUCGUAGUUUCAACAUCAUGCCGGAGUCUGUAACGUUAGCUUCGCGAUCAGAUCUGUUACAUCUUCUCCCAUUUUUGGAUUCUCGACUUUCAGAACAUUCUGAGAUUCAAAUGAUCGUUUUUGGUGCAUUACGAGCAUCAACUUCCGCCUAUCUGGUGUACCUCCUACGUGAAUCUACUUCUGAUGAAUCGUAUACCGCGAUUGUAGCCAUAAAGCGGGAAAAUAUGAAAAGCGAAAGAACUCAAAAGAAUGAGACAAUUUGGAUCGUCUCUGGAUGGAGUAUUAAUGAAAGUGCCUUACUUCGUCUGUACUCAGCUAUUGAUGUGAUCAACUGGGACAGUGAUGUCGUUUUCGCAUUCAACAAAUACUACAAGCCUCAUGAUGAUAUUCUUAAGUACUUCCAGGAUCGUGAUCGACUAACAGGAUAUCGUUUAUUCUCUGCUGGACGCUAUAUUCUUGACAUUGAAGUGGCUUUGAAAUUGCAGAUAAGCAUACCAGAUGAGGUUUACGUGAAAAGUGUGGAACGUCAUCACGCCCAGUUGAUAUACGACCAUUGGACAGCCUUUAAAGACACGACGACUGUGGAAGAUGUUGCCGACGAAAUCGACCACUUCCCUUCAGCUGGAGUUUUCUUGAAAGAUAACGAUCAACUCGUUUCGUGGAUGAUGGGCCAUGCACCUAUGGGCAUGAGUCGUCUAUUCACUAUGGAUGAUCAUCGUCGUAAAGGAUACGCUAAACUGGCAACGCAAUACAUGUCAAAGAGAAUGGCUCAGGCUGGAUAUGUGCCAUUCAUCAACAUCGUCGUUGGCAAUACGGCAUCCACCGAGUUUUUCUUAGGUUUGGGUUUUCGAUUUGUCUGUCCUAUUCAUGCAAUUUUAACUAAACCACCUGGAAUGGUGAAUGGUUAAAAACGCCGAUGAAUUAUUUUCUAGAAAUUUCUUGUCUUUUAAAAUACAUUCCUGAGGUGAUUUAAA